AUGGCGUCUCCAUCUGAAGCCCCGAUCGCUGAGGGUGUAGAUCAAUCAAUCCCGGACCAUGAAACGAACGCCGUGACGACCGCUACGUCGCCCAGCCAAGAGAAGGCAAGUGGCGAUCAACAGAUUGCCCCAGUAUCUGAGCCAGUUGUGUCGCUGUCGCCUUGUGAGGAGGACGAUGACGACUUUCCCAGCAACUGUCUUGACGACGAGGAGUGGUCCGACCAGGAGCCGUUCGAAUCACUUCGAGAGAAAGUCAACCAACUUUGCCAGGACAUCGGAUUCGGUGAGCCAAGUGAGAUUCUGGAGAUGGGCGGCGGAGACUUCCACAGAAUUGUUGGAUUGCGAUUUUCCUCGAGAACACCCCAACGGUAUAUUCUAAGAAUCCCACGUUGGGCUUACUCUGAGGACUUACAACACGAGACUUCCGACCAAGUAGCCAUCCUCAGCUUCUUCUCGCGAAAGUUCAAAGACGUUCCUGUGCCGUCAGUUUAUGCCUAUGACUCGACAACAAACAACGCCAUAGAAAGUCAGUAUGUGUUGCAAGAACGCCUUCCUGGGAAGCCACUAUACAAUGUAUUCUAUGAGUUGCCCAUCGAGGAAAAACUUCAAAUCACCACUUUGAUUGCGGAACUAAUAUCAAAAUUUGAUGCUACCGAUCUCCCAAAUCCAGGCCGUAUAGUGGGCGACCGGUCACUGCCUCAGACCUUGCAUACGCCUCCACCUACAAACACGGAUAUCAACAUCACAGGAUACCGAGAGUCACCUGUUGCCGAUCUGAGGUUUGUAGAGAAGUGCGAUCUUACGCAUCUUCUUACACAACUCUCACAACAACGUGAAAAGGAAGAUGGAGGGUGUGAGUGGUCAAAGAAGAUGUGGACGCGGUUCAAUGAGAUCGCUCAACAGAUGAAACAUGCUAGCCUGACCCGCAAACUCGACACCAACAGCGUAUUGUGGGUAUGGGAUAUAUCCCCUUCAAAUAUGUUGAUCAGUCGACGGACUCCUAGGGAAGACAAACUGCCAUCCGAUGCCACUACUCAACAUCAUUCUACUACAGUCACAUUCGGUAAUUCCGAUAACGACUGCCACAAACAUGCUUUUCAAGUUACAGUCGAUGGCCCAGAAGGAAUGGUAUGCGAUUACACAACACAAGUGGUGUUUGAAGAAUUUGGCGGUAAAACUUACAGCCACAAAUUGAGAAUAUCAGACUCAAAGCAGCUGGAUGCCCCAAUUUUGGAACCCCAAGACUCCUUGGUCACUGACCCAGAACUACUGGGUUCUACAUUCAAGCACGCUGAUUCUCUGCCGAGGUGGGAGAUGUCUGGAGUGAUAGAUCUCGACGACGCCAAAUCUGCUCCGCGAGUCUUGACGAGAAAACCACCAAGCUGGCUCUGGAUCCACCCGGACACUCGACACUCCACUUGGAUGGGAGAUCACGAUGACAAGCCUGAGCGACCAUUCACACAUGAUGAGCUAUUGAUUAAAGCACAUUUUGAUCAGACCAUGGCUCAACUAUGUCCAUCUUACCUCGAGGAUGCUUAUCACAGGGGCUAUUGGCUGCGUCGUCUGUCAAGAUUUGCCGUUCUUGGUCUCGAAAGCGCUGAAUGCAUAAACCGUUUCUGGACGCUCUCCGAAGAGUGGGAUCAAUACUAUCAGGCGUUGGAGUUGGAUGAUGUUGAUGUCAAGAUGACCGAUGCUAUGGAUGAGGGUUCUGGUGAGAAUUCUGAAGAAAACUUAUCCAAGUAA